AUGUCAAAAGUCUUCAGUGAGAAAAUUAAGAUUGCCCUGAUCCAAUUGAAGGGCUCCUCUGCCGACAAGAGUGCCAAUUUGAUCAAAGCUAAAAAUCUCAUUGAUAAUGCUAUGACACGCGAACCCUCGACAAAGAUCGUGGUCUUACCCGAGUGUUUCAAUGCACCUUACUCAGUGACUAAAUUUAGAGACUAUGCAGAAGUUAUAAACAGUGAGAAGAAAUCGCAGUCAGUGUCAUUAUUAUCAUCGAUUGCGGCAAGAUAUAAGAUUACAUUAAUUGGUGGUUCCAUUCCAGAAAUCGAUUUGCAAACGGAUAACGUGUAUAAUACUGCUAUUAUAUUCAAUGAGAAUGGUGAUCUUAUUGAUAAACAUCGUAAAGUACAUCUUUUUGAUGUUGAUAUUCCAAAUGGAAUCACUUUCAAAGAAAGUGACUCAUUAUCGCCGGGGGAUAAGGCAACUACAAUAAGUACUCCAUAUGGUAAUAUUGGAAUUGGCAUUUGCUAUGAUAUGAGAUUUCCUGAAUUAGCUAUGAUAAGUGCUAGGAAAUACAAUGCCUUUGCGAUGAUUUAUCCUAGCGCGUUCAAUACUGUCACGGGUCCUAUGCAUUGGCAUUUAUUAGCGAAAGCAAGAGCUGUAGACAACCAAAUGUAUACUAUUCUAUGCUCUCCUGCGAGAGAUAUGGAGAGUAACUACCAUGCAUAUGGUCAUUCAUUGGUUUGUGAUCCUAAGGGUAAUAUUAUUUCUGAAGCUGGUGAAGGAGAGGAAACUAUAUUUGCUGAAUUGGAUCCUAAAAUCUUGGAAGAGUUUAGAGCUGGGAUUCCAUUAGAUAAACAAAGAAGAUUUGAUGUGUAUACUGAUGUUUCGAAAUAA